AUGGCUCUCGAGCUCAGCCGCUUCGCCCUCCUCGUCGACAAGCUCGACGAAUCCGCCGACUGGAGCAACUGGGAGCCGCCUAAACUCGACAUCGAGCGCACCGACACGCUCGUCAACAUCUUCCUCGGCAACAGCGUCGUGCCCUUUCUCACGACGCCGACCUCGCGGACUGGUCCAGGCCGCAACUUUACGACGUUCGCAGGCGCUCGAGAUCUCUGGGUUGAGCGCAACACGCAUGCCGAGAAGGACCCGAGCUUCAAGCGCGCGGUGGCAGAGGCGCAGUGGCAGCUGACGGGCAGAGACUGCGGGCCCACGGGGCAGCUGCACGUGAGCUUUCAUGCGGCCGUUCAAGCGCGCAAGACGUGCCCCGAGCGGCGAGACGGCCUCGGAGCCGAUUUUGUCCCGCACGCGAGCAACGACACGUCGUACAUCGCUCCCAGCCCCUCCUCCGCUCCCGCACCACCAUACUCGGCCUCACCCCCUCCAGCGUACGGUGUCGAGGGCCCGCCAAAGGUCCCGCAGUACCCGUCGUCGGCGCCCGCAGCUCUCGCCGAGCGCAUCCUCGCCUUUCUCGAGCGAGAGGACGCCGGCGUCAAGUUCCGUGACCAUGGGUUCCACGACCAGACGAUCGAGAUGCACCUCGGCGGCUAUUUAUCCGACAAGUCGCCGUCGGCGCCGAGCCGACGCACGCUCGCCGUCGACGUGCGGCUCAAGGGCGUCUGGCGGCCCGUCAAGGUCGGCCAUCUGCAGAGCCACGCGUUCUUCCUCCCGGGAGGCGACCUCCAACUGCUCAACGUCGUCGACUGCCCCGUGGAAGACCCUCGACCGUACCCCUUGUCCGCCUCCUCGUCCUCGGUCGACACCUGGACCCUCCUCUCCCGCCACCACGACUCGUCCCACCGCCUCGUCAAGACGACCUUCACGCUCAAGUGGCACCAAGCGCGGUACCUCCUCGCGCACGGCAAGGCGCCCGUCGCCGAGGUCGUCCAGGUCACGUUCCGGCUCGACAACGCGCACGCUCCCGAGGCGAGGAAGGCGACGUGGUGGGACGUGAGGCGCUUGGUCGGGAGCUCAUGA